CCGAUAACCGUUUCGCAAAAGCGGAACCGAUUGUGAUUGAAAAGUUUCUGUCUGCGGUGGUCGCCGAAAAUGGAGCUGCGGCCGUCGAUUUUCGGCAAUUUCGGCCUGUAGGCCGCUCUUUUCCGGGUCGUCGGCAACAUGACCUCUGACCUCUCACCAUGAGCAGCAAAAGCGAGCUGAAGAAGUUGUCGGAGGAGAGCCUCACGAGGCAGCCGGAGGAGGUGUUCGACAUCCUAUGCAAGUUGGGCGAAGGCUCGUAUGGCUCGGUGUACAAAGCGGUGCACAAGGAGUCGGAACAGGUGCUGGCCAUCAAGCAGGUGCCCGUCGACACCGACCUGCAGGAGAUCAUCAAAGAAAUCUCCAUAAUGCAGCAAUGCGACUCGCCGUACGUCGUCAAGUACUACGGCAGUUACUUCAAAAACACAGACUUAUGGAUUGUGAUGGAGUACUGCGGGGCGGGCUCCGUGUCCGACAUAAUGCGCCUACGAAAGAAAACCCUUUCCGAGGAGGAGAUUUCUACAAUCAUGAGUGACACCCUGAAAGGGUUGGAAUAUCUCCACCUGCGGCGAAAGAUUCACCGCGACAUCAAAGCUGGCAACAUCCUGCUCAACUCCGAGGGUCACGCCAAGUUGGCCGACUUCGGAGUUGCUGGUCAGCUGACUGACACUAUGGCCAAAAGAAAUACAGUCAUUGGAACCCCGUUUUGGAUGGCUCCUGAGGUUAUUCAGGAAAUAGGCUACGACUGCGUAGCCGACAUCUGGUCACUCGGCAUCACGGCCUUGGAAAUGGCCGAGGGCAAGCCGCCCUAUGGCGACAUCCACCCUAUGAGAGCCAUAUUUAUGAUACCUACAAAACCGCCUCCCUCGUUUCGGGAGCCGGAUAGAUGGACUGCUGAGUUUAUUGAUUUUGUUUCUAGAUGUCUCAUAAAAAAUCCAGAAGAAAGGGCUUCCGCUUCCGAGCUUUUACAGCACGAGUUUAUUAAUUAUCCCAAGCAGCCCAAUAUACUCACGCAGUUAAUUUACGAAGCCAAGGAUAUUAGGGAGCAGCAGCAGCAGGCAAGAGGAGUGCUCUCCAGGACACACAACGAUGACUCGGAUGAAGAUGACCAUGGUGGCACAGGCACAAUGGUCCAAUUCACCCCUGACAGUGGCACUCUUGUACCCGAAAUGUUGAACGAGAAUCGUGACGACAGAGACGAGGGAACUUUGAUGCCUCAGUCGCGUCGUUCUGGCACCAUGGUGGAGCUGGCCUCCAAUUUGGGCACAAUGGUCAUCAACAGUGAUGAUGAUGACGACGACGAAGACAGGGAGUACGAGUGCGGCCUCGGCCGGUGGGCGCCGCGCUGGAUGCAGGCGCUCGCCUCCAAGCAGGCCUUCCUCGCCGUCUUCUGUGUCACGUGGGUGCUGCAGGGCAUGUACUACACCUACUUCGUCUCGGUCAUCACCACCAUCGAGAAGCUCUUCCAGAUCCAGUCCAAGACCACCGGACUCAUCAUGAGCGCCACCGAAAUCGGACAAAUCGGCAGCUCCCUGCUGCUCACCUACUACGGCGGCCAGGGACACCGGCCCAAGUGGAUAGCCUGGGGCAUGGUCCUUUUCGCCGUCUCCUCUUUCAGUUGCGCUCUGCCGCACUUCAUCUUCGGCGACCAGCUUCUGCGAGCGCCGGCGCCGCUGCCGUACCACAACGCGAGCCUGACGGUGAGCGCGGCGGCGGCGGCGGGUCAGCAGCGGGCGCAACUUUUGCUCGCGCCCCUGCCGCCCGACCUGUGCCUGGCGCGCGACGCCAACACGACGGCGACGCCGUGGCUCGAGGUGGAGCGCGUCAAGUGCGAGUCCGAGGAGACCAAGGACUCGCAGCGUCUGCACUCGAAGAUCACGGCCGUCGUGCUGGCCAUCCUGUUCGUCAGCCUGCUCGGCGUCGGCAUGGGCCAGACGGCCGUCUACACGCUCGGCAUCCCCUACAUCGACGACAACGUCGCCUCCAGAGAGUCCCCUCUCUACUUCGCUAUCACAAUCGGCGUGCGCAUCUUGGGUCCGGCCCUGGGUUUCAUCCUGGGGUCGGUGUGCACGCGGCUGUACGCGGACCUGAGCGUCGACCCUCCCGUGACGCCGAACGACCCCCGAUGGGUGGGCGCCUGGUGGCUCGGACUGGUGCUGGUCGGCGCCCUUCUCAUGCUCGCCUCCGCCGCCAUGGCCAUGUUUCCGCGCCGCCUCCGCUCGGCAAGGCGUCCGCCACCUCCGGUUGCUGCCAUAUCGGGGCCUGCUGCGCCCCUAGACAUAGAUAGGAAAAAAUAUCCUAGCCUAAGAGAUUUUCCAAAAGCAGUAAAGCGACUGCUGCGCAACGACAUCUUAAUGUUUCGGACAGCAAGUUCGGUGCUGCACAUUUUGCCCAUCGCUGGCCUUUACACAUUUUUGCCCAAGUACCUCGAGUCACAGUUUCGACUGGCGGCGCACACGGCCAAUAUGAUAUCCGGCGUGGGCGGCAUCCUGGUGAUGGGUCUGGGCAUCAUCAUCAGCGGUGUAUUCAUUUUGCGUGUGAAGCCCAACGCUCGUUGGGUGGCGGGGUGGAUCGCGUUCACCGCCGUCGUGUACGCGAUCGGCAUGGGCGUGCUCAUGUCCAUUGGCUGCCCGAUGGACGACUUUGCUGGGCUCGACCGCACCAACGGACACUUCACGCCCGAGUGUCCCUCUUGUGACUGCGACCCAGACAAAUUUGGGCCCGUGUGCGGCGCCGACAGCCGCACUUAUUUCAGCGCCUGCCACGCCGGAUGCUCCAACGUCACGUUGAGUGACGGAAAAGUGACAGGGUUUUCACAGUGCUCUUGUGUUACGCCGAUGGACAACUCGACAAUUUUUACCGAGGCGUCGAUCGGCUACUGCCCGCUGCAGUGCUCCAACUUUAAGUGGUACAUCGUGCUGUUCUCUCUGUUCGUGUUUGUGCACUCGACGUCCGAGGUGGGCUCGAUGCUUUUGAUUUUGCGCUGCGUCGACCCGCGGGACAAGGCGAUGGCACUCGGCCUCAUCCAGUUCGCCAUCGGCCUCUUCGGCAACGUGCCAUGUCCCAUCGUGUACGGCGCCGUCGUCGACUCGGCCUGCCUUGUGUGGGACGUGGCGUGCGGCGAGAGAGGCGCCUGCUGGCUUUACGACUCCGACGUUUUCCGCGUAUUUUUCCACGGAACGACGGGCGGAAUUUUGCUGUGCGCCUUUCUGGUCGACCUGAUAGUGUGGUACAAGGCUGGCAGCAUCUCGUUCGUGGAGGAGCCUGUCGACGAGGAGGACGCCGACUCGGCGAACCGCGAGGAACUGAACCCAAUGGCGGCCGAGACCAGCGUCUAAGACUGCGAGUGCCAAUAAUUAAUUAAUCAAGAGUAAUUAAUUAAUUGCGAUGAUAAUAUUCUAUCUCUCACUUGUGAUACGCGCGGACUGACUCUGCUGUGUUUGUUGUUAUAUACUGCAUUUUUAAGAAGAGAAGACACACACGUGUGCUGACCACUCUCAGAACUAAACAAAAAAAGUAUAAAAAAAAUUAUAUGAAUCCGAAACGCGCUGCUGCCUUAAAAAAGCGUGCGGUGAGAUGAAAAAUGUAUGCAUUGACUGGAAGCAGGCAUCGAAUAUUUAUAUAAAUGCAUGAGGCAAACCGUUUAUUUUAUACUCGAGAACGACACGGAUAAUUUUGAGAGAGUUAGGCAACGCAUCGAGUCCCAGAGAAUUUAUUUUGAAUUCUGAUUAUUUUCACUGAUAGAUUGGUGAUUUUAUUUACGUGAGUAAAGAGCUGUUUGACAAACUAA